CAGAAGUUGCAUCCAUGGAGCUGGAGUGGAGGGGUAAAGUGGAACCGCAUUAAGGGAACAAGAAGACUUAUAUAUAUUUUAAAGGUUGCUGAGAAUCAACGUGGUAGUUUUAGAGAAAGUAGGUGAAUCAAGUGUCGCAGUCUGGUGCGAAAAAACGUUGUUAUCUGACAGGGCAAAUUGACCUGAUCGCAAUGCAACCAGCUCGUUGGCGAGGGAAGAAGGAAGAGCGCUCGCCUUUCUCCCAGACCAGUGGAUUGGAGCAAAUUCUAUUGUGAUGCUAAAGUCAAGUCGGAAGAGAGAGAGGGCUGACAAACUAUCAAAAGUGAAGCUAUCUACAUUUUCAGUAAAGAUGAUUAUUUUGUCGUUUGUUCUAUCCGUUUAAUGUUAUUUUGUGGACUGUUUAAUUUUCAUCACUUGUUGCUGACUGUUGGAAUGAAAGUAAACUUGUUUCAACUAGACUGCCGUUAGAUGGGCAAACCAUGUUUCAUUCGCUGACUAAGAUUAGGUGAUGCUAGGAAAUGAUUUAUCCUUUAGGAGUGGACGUUCCCCUUUUGCUAUGCGGAAGACUUUAAGAAAAGGAGAAGAGAAGCAGUGGGUCUGUUGGACUGAAUAGGACCGACCCACCAGGCUAUAGGGCUACCUCGGCGGUGUUAGGUGAUAAUGGAUAGCAGUCUCCCGAGCUACAGUACAGUCAGACACCGAGGAAAGACGCUGUUUCUGGAGGCUCGACUCCUGGGUGGAGCUCCCUGGGGGUUUCAGCUCAAAGGAGGUCUGGAACAUGGAGAGGAGUUGAUCAUCUCAAAGGUUGAGGGAGGUGGGAAGGCGGACCUGUUGGAACACCCCCUGUUGCCAGGAGACCAGGUGGUUGUCAUUAAUGACGUGGAACUCAGUGGAUUCAGGCAGGAAGCCGUUUCAUUGGUCAAAGGAUCCUACAAAACUCUCAGACUCACUGUCCGCAGGGAGUGCUGCCCAGGCCCCUGCUGGGGUGACCCCACCCUCACCCCACUGACCCUGCCCACCCUCACCCUCCUACCCACCAUCGGCCCUUCCUCGGACCACCACACCCACCUCUCCUCCAUUCACGGACCCCCCAGAGAGAAUCCAGGAGGAUGUUCUGGAGGAGUUAAACUACGCAUCAAAAACAGACGCAGCGAGCCUGUCUCCAGACCUCACUCGUGGCACGCCACCAAGCUAGGUGAGGGCCAGCCAGACCCCAGCAUGAUGCAAAUAUCCCAGGGCAGCAUGGCCCCUCCCUGGCAUCACACCUACCACUCCAGUGCGUCCACUACAGACCUGUCGGGCUACGACCCAGGUUACCUGAGGAAGAGUCCAGACCAGUACAGUUCUAGAGGAAGUAUGGAGAGCCUUGGGGAGCAGCACAGCCACCCAACCUACAGUUCUUCCUGCCACCAGCUAUCUGCCUCCAAGUCCUCCAACAGCAUGGACCACCUUCACAAUAAGAGGGACUCAGCCUACUCCUCCUUCUCCACCAGCUCUAGUAUCCCAGAGUACCUAGCGGCCGCUCCGACCUUUAGUAAGGAGAGGUCGUAUUCCAUGGAGACGGUUCCGCAGAGGGGCGGGGUUAGUGGAGGAGGCGGGGCCGGGGCGGAGGGAAUGCAGCAAGCUGACAUCCGAUAUGUCCGUACGGUCUACGACCCCCAGCAGGGCGGGGCCCAGGAGCACGAGGUCAGCUCCACCUCUGCUGCGUUGCUACGCAACCACGAGGCUGGCAGGGCGGGGUCUUGUAGUGGGGGCGGAGCCGCCUGUUACCGCGGCACCAGUAGCAGUAGUAACAGCAGUGGCGGAAGCAGCAGUGGUGGUAACCAUGUUAUUAACCCCAACCGUCACAGUGUUGGGCCCAUCUGGGGUCAGAGCGCCAGCCGCAGUUCCUACGAGAGCCUGAAGGGGGUGCCGGCUCCUCCCAUGCGGAGCGACAGCUACGCGGCCAUCAGGAACCAUGAGAGGCCCAACUCCUGGUCCAGCCUGGAGCAGACUCGCUCACUCAGGGCUCUCCACAAGGGGUCCACCUCCUCCUGGUACCACUCCUCUGGCUCCGUGGCCUCCGGCUCGGGAAAGGGCUCCUACGGGGCCGAGGGCCAGCUCCACACCGUCAUAGAGAAGAGUCCUGAGAGCAGCCCCACCACCAAGCCCAAACAGGGCUUCCCACCGCCCCCCGAACCCCAGCAAACAUCCACCCAGUCUGGCCGCCUCAUGCUGCCCCAGGGCAUCUACCCCGUGCCCCCUCCGGAACCCCACUAUGCCCAGAUGCCCACCAGCAGCCCCAGCCCCAGCAACGUGUACCCAGCCCUGGCCAGGGAGAGCAGCCUGAGCAGGCAGCGAGAGCUCCAGGGGUUAGGGGUGGGGGUCAGUGUGGAUACAGGGAUGGCGGUAGUGGUGGAGAAUGGAUACCAAAGCAACCCUACUUCCUCUGGCCAGCCUCAGCAUCAUGACUUUGCUCAGCCUCCACCCAAACAGCCAGCUCAUCCAACCCAACCCGCAGACAGAGGGGGGGACAGGUCAGGGUACGAGGAGACCCAAACCAAACUGGGUCUCUACAGGUCUCUGCCUUUGGGACACGGCCAGACCGUGUCCCAAAGGCAGAGCCAGCGGAGUCAAGGACAGGGACAGGGACAGGGUCAGAGCCAUGGUCAGGGUCAGGGUCAGGAACAGGGUCAGAGCCAGGGUCAGGGACAGGGUCAGGAACAGGGUCAGACCCAGGGUCAGGGACAGGGUCAGGAACAGGGUCAGAGCCAGGGUCAGGAACAGGGUCAGAGCCAGGGUCAGAGCCAGGGUCAGGGACAGGGUCAGAGCCAGGGUCAGGCGAACAGACCCUCCUCAGCCCAGUCUCUAGGCCAGGAGAGGCGGGAUCCAUACACUCCAGUCCAGCCGCGGGGAGAGAGGCUACCCAGGUACUCCCUGGGCUCAGAGAGAUACCCUGAGCACCACCGACAGGGCCAGGGCAGGGAGGAGGAGCCCAGUCACCACACCAGUCACCCAGUACCUCCUCAUGCCACCACCAUGCCCAGUAAGAUCGUCCAGGGACAGGUUCCUCAGGGGAGCAGCAGCAGUAGGACCCCAGCACAGGUGUCUGACCAGCGGUUAGAGCAGAGAGCCCAGGGGCCUGACCAGCGGUUAGAGCAGAGAGCCCAGGGGCCUGACCAGCGGUUAGAGCAGAGAGCCCAGGGGCCUGACCAGCGGUUAGAGCAGAGAGCCCAGGGGCCUGACCAGCGGUUAGAGCAGAGAGCCCAGGGGCCUGACCAGCGGUUAGAGCAGAGAGCCCAGGGGCCUGACCAGCGGGUCAACGACCAGAGAUCCAGGUCCCCCCUCUGGCACUACAGUGAUCCAAUUCCCCCACAGCAGCAGAGGGACCAGAGGGACCAGAGGGGACCAGAGCACCCCCUGACCCGGCUGGAGAACGCCCUAGCGGAUGUCCAGCGCUGUGCCAGUCCAGAGAGCUCCGCCAGCACCCAGAGCAGGCACCAGAGGAGCCUCUCUGUUCUGGAGAAGGUGAACCGCUUCGAGCGCCGCGAACAGGGUCAUGGGCAGGGACAGGUUCAGGGACAGGUUCAGGGGAAGCAGAGGAGUAAAAGCACCAGCGCCAGCCACACCAGCCUGAGGCCCUCCUCCUCCCGUCCAACUCAGCCCCAGUCCCAGCCCCAGCCCCAGUCCCAGCCCCAGAGGCCAGGGAGUUGUGACCAGGCCCAGUCCCAGAGCUCCAGGUACCCCCACCACCACCACCACCACCCUAACCCCCACCCUGGCUCAGCCCUGCAGAGGAGCAGGAGCACCUUCCAACUGGGGAGCAAGGAGGGCCAGGAGGAGAAUGGCCACGACAGGGACAGGGAUGGGGACAGACAGUUCCAUUGGAGGGAUGGCCUGCAGGACCUACUGGGGACCAUCCAGGACACGUCCUUUAACCGGGCCUACAGGAACAGUAUCAAGGACGCCCAGUCCAAGGUGCUCCGAUCCACCUCCUUCAGACGCAGGGGCCUGGGAAUCAGCGCCAGCGGUAGCGUCAACCCCCCUCCUGGUGUCAACGACUCCUCUCCCGUCCCCGCCAAGCACUUCUCUCUGGAGAAGAAGGCCCCCAAGACCAGCCCCAAACCCUCCACUACCGCCCCAGCCUCCGCCCCAGCCACCUCCACUCACAACCCCAAAGAAAGGCUCACGAUCACCGUCCCAGACCCAGACCCAGCUCCAGCCACCUUUCCCUCUCCUCACACCCCCAAAGAAAGGCACGUUGUGACCCCGGAGCCCGAGAGGUUCAGUCCCCCAGAGCUCCCCAGCGUCCUGGCCGUGGGCCCACCAGUCCCGGCCCGUAUCGGGGGGCGUAAGAGGCUCACCAUGGAGCAGAAGAAGAGGUCCUACUCCGAGCCUGAGAACAUGCACGAGGUGGGGUUGGAGUCUGACCCAAGGAGUAGUGCCCAGCACCAAGAGUUCCCGUUCCCAGGCACAGAGACCAGCGUGGCGGACCGCAGGAGGAUGUUUGAGAUGGCAGCCAGUCGCAGCCUGAGCUCCAGCUCCCAGACUCCCCAGGGCCUCCAGAUCUCCCAGACUCCCCAGGGCCUCCAGAUCUCCCAGGCAAGUCUAGCCGUGUCCCGGCCAGAGCUCCGGCAGCUGCAGCAGGACGCCCUGGCCGACUACAUGGAGAGGAAGAGAGGCUGGAGGACAGACAGGGACAGGGACAGGUCAGAGGGAGGGAGAGUCCACCGUGACCGGCCUCACAGCGUCUACCUGCAGCCCUUUACAGACACCCGGAGUGUUUCCUCAACCUCCACCACCAGUCUAGCCUCUCUCCAGGAGCCCCUUGGCCAAGACAGCAGCCUCUCUGGUGGAGGAAGGCUCUGCUCCACCCUGCCUCCUGGCCUCCGGGGAUUCUAUCCAGGCAGGGUCACUGCACCACGCGUCCAGGCCAAGGCCCCUGCCUCUAUCUCCACCACCCACCCAGACACCUCGGGAUUCCACAGGCUACUGGAGGGAGAGCUGCCCAGAUCCAGCCUUGGUAGAGAAGACCCAUCCCAGGCCACAGCCCAGGCCUAUGAGGCUCUCCGGAGCCAGGAGUUUUUCGUGCGAGGCGAUGGAGCCUUUGAGAGGGCGGCUCCAGCCCGGAGCUCUUGCAAGUCGGUCUCUGCGGAGGACCUGCUGGAGCGCUCUGAGAGUCCUGCACCCCAGCACUUCAGAUCCCGCUCCUCACCCUCUGGCGAGAGGCUCAAUCAGGACUUCAUGGCAGGAGGAGAUCUGAGGAUGUUUGGGAUCUACUCUACUGAGCCCAGGCAUUUCACAAACAACGACAACAACAGAUCUUUGGACGACCAGCGUUCUGACAGACCCGUCUCUGCCUCCCAGUCCCAAUCUCAGUCCCAGUGUGUAGAGACCCGCUACCUGCUGAGCCAAAGCCCGUCCCAAAGCAACACCCCCGUGAUGAGGAGAGAGAGACAGAGGAACCCCGACCACCAGCGGGCCCUUAGUGCCUCCAGCCUGGCUGCCUCUGUAGGUCUCCCCUGCCCCUUCUCCCCCCCGGGAACCAGCCCUACUGCCAGCCUGGACUGGCAGGCCAGUGAGAGGUUGAGCCAGGCCAACCUGGAUGCCAUAGCCUUCCCCACCCUGCUGCAGACCGCCACUCCCAGGAACAUGUCCCCAGAGGUCCAGGUUCACCCAGAGGUCAGGAGAAGCCCCACAGCACAUCUACAGCAUGGCAUGGCCCAGGGCCAGAACCAGAACCAGGGUCUGCAGCCCAGGACCCGACAGGGCUCCUCAGACACCAGCCCCUCAGAGGAGACCCUGAAAGACUUCCCCAGAGAGAAAGAUGGGCCCUGCCUUCAAGCUUCAGCCAAUAACCCAAAGACCACCCCACCCCCCAUCCUGCCAAAAGCCUCCCCACCACCACCCCCAUCUAAAACCUCCCACAGACCACACACCCUGUUCUCCCUCCGCAUCUCAGAGUCCACUCUGCAGGAGACCUCGGCCCUACAAGUAGCUCCACCCCUAGCCCCUCCCACAAUCUCCCUACAGGACUAUGGCGAGGUGUUCCUCCAGGAGCCGGCCCCUCCCUCCCCUCCUCCCCCUCCCCCCAUCAGGGAGACGGAUAUCACAGAGGACUUCCCCCCCCCUCCUCCCCCUCUCCUUAAAGCCAUAUUACUCUGUGAGUUCCCAUCUCUCCCCUCCUCCUCCCGUCAGACAGUCCCCCCCUCUAUCCACCUGUCUGGUUCUCCGGGACCUAGCCUAACCCCUGAGCCCCAGCAGGGGCCUAGCGGUGAGGAAAGCCUGGGGCUAGAGUACCAUCUCUUGGCCAGGAGGGAGAGGUCUGCUGGGGAGCUGAGGGUGGAGGCCCUGGCCAGACAGCUGGUGUCCCGGGGGGAUAAGACCCUGACCCCGGUGCUGGACAGCUGGGCAGAGGGCGGACAGACCAUGGACCUGAUGGAGGAGAUCUUCCCCGCGGGGGGAGGGAGGUUACUGUGGCAACGCCGUAGGAUCAGCACCUGUCUGGAGGACAGAAGGCAAGAUGGUGUCUGUUGUAUAGGAAGCAGUCUGCUGCAGAGAACAGAGGGGGGAGGAGAGAUGGACACAGAUCUGGACGAGGCAGACCUCAAUCAGAAGAAGGUGGAGCUACUCCAGGCCAUGACUCUGAGCAUUGCCUCUUUGCGGGAGGAAAAGGAGGUUCUGGCGGAGGAGCAGAGGAGGUUCCGGGCCCUAGGGGGCCAUAUGGAGAGCCUGGUCCAGGAGCGCUGUAAGCCCAACGAGAGGGAGAAGUACAGGAUGUUCAUCGGGGACCUGGAUAAGAUAGUCAACCUGCUACUGUCUCUGUGUGGCCGGCUGGCCCGGGUCCAUAACGCUCUCUCUGCCCUGGAUAGAGAGGAGGAGACAGAAGACAGCCAAGAGGAGAGGGCGUCCUUACAGCAGAAACGCAGCCAGCUGUGUAGUCAGCAUGAGGAUGCCAGGGAGCUGAAGGAGAAUCUGGACCGGCGGGAGCGUGUGGUUCUGGACAUCCUGGGUGGGUACCUGACCGGGCCGCAGCUAAGAGACUACCAGCACUACGUCUGUAUGAGACCAGCCCUGCUAAUCCGCCAGAGACACCUGGACGAGCUCCUUAAGCAGUGGGACGAGCAGCUCAGCAGGCUGGCCGAGAGUAUCUCUCCUGGGGAGUCGGACCACCAGGGGCCUCCUGGCGACCACCAGGCCCAGCCCAGCUCAUCUAUCCCUGGGUCUAGCCUCGGCCCUGGCCUUAGGGGUCCCGGCCCUAACCUUGGUCCUACCCAUGCUGUCCGCUCCACCACUGUAACAUCACUGUGACUCAUGUCACCCCAACAACAACACUGUUCCUGGUCACUACCAGGGAACACACUACAGCCGCCCGUGUCUCUGACACAAUGGGCGGAGCGCCAUGAGUCUGGCAAGCAAGAUACAACAGUACUUGAUGAAGAGAGAGACAGAGACACAGAGACACAGAGACACAGAGACACAGAGAGACAGAGAAACAGAGACACAGAGACACAGAGAGACAGCAUCUUUCUCCAUAUAGAGCCGAACUGGAUGAAGGAUGUCACCCUGUCUGUCCCCUUGUUGCAGACAGACAGACAGGCAGACUAUAAGACGUGAGCAUGACCGAUGCGUUCUUGUACCUCAAUCUAUUUAUGCCUCCUAUGUUACUCAAGCUUUUUCACACAUCUGUGUUCUGACUGGCCACUCAGCAUGUCUUUGGUUGAUUCAAUACACUGUUGAAGUCCCUAGUCGUAUUCAUACGAGCAGAUCAGAGCUUUGAGAGUAACGAUAGUGGAUGUACAACUGCCUGUCAAUAAAUGUUAUUCCCCAUAUAUAUAUAUAUAUAUAUAUAUAUAUCAGUUUAACCAUUACUACUGCCGUUACAUUUGUAUAUCACUACAGCUGAGCACUUUGUUUUAGCAGUUUAACUACUGAUUACACAGAAUGGUCAGAAUCACAGAACUAGAAUAAAUUAUAUUUCUCAUUCUAUUUCUAUGGUCAGGAAGUUCUAUUUCUAUGGUCAGGAAGUUCUAUUUCUAUGGUCAGGAAGAACCAGACCUGUUUUCUUUAGCAACACAAUAGCACGCGCUCACGCACAUUAAUAUGUAGUCACAAUCUAAGGCAGAUUUAGCUUCAAGUACUUGUAAUUCAGACACGAAAAUGAUAGUUCAUGACAAAAGCUACCAUGACAUUGACAACUGCUAUAAUUAUUUAUAUUAUAAAAAAGGAAUGUAUGUUUUUUUUUUUACUGAAACAAAUUUGUGAAAUUUAAAUCAAAUGUGAUUUCUCUCAGAGAAGGCAAGAUGAUGUCAUAAUGAUGUAAUGUUCUAGAACUUGUUCUAUAAUGUUUUAGAAUUCUGAUGAUGAAAUGAGGCAAAUUUACAGUGGGCUUUCCAAAUGACCUCUGUUCACAUGGACUUCCUCUAAAACAAGGCAGGCUUCUAGAAGGUAGUUAGAUGUUCCUUAGCAAGAUUGUUGCCCAGUAAGUACAUGCAUACUGUGGACGGAGCAAUCUCAUGGGCAGUGGUAUCAGUUCUUAGGAUAUCUGGGUACAUCAGGAUAGAUAAUAAUAAUAAGGGUAAAAUAAAGUAGCAGCAGCAUAUGGGGUGUGUGUGUGUGUGUGUGUG